GUUUCGUGUGUCCCCACCGCUCACCCACAGUCGUGUCCUCGCAGAGUACGCAGUGAACCCUCCUCAACACACACACACACACACACACACACACACACACAUACACAGUCUCUCCGCUCCACCGGUCCCAGGCUGGUGCGUCCCGUUGCGCGCGGCACCGUUUAUCAACGCCGGGCACACUUCACGAGCGCGCUCCGGAUUUCUCAAAAAAAAAAAAAAAAAUUCCUCGGGGCGGACUGGUGGGACAGUUAGCUGCAACUUUACGAGUCAAUAUGUUUUACGCGUGGGUGACAGAGGAUCGGUGACAAGGAAGUGUCGGGGGAGUUCAGGUGCAGCAGGAGCGAGGCCCCCCCCCCCCCCCCUCCGCCCCAACUCCGCCACUCCACCAACCCCCUCGAGCAGUUUGCGCAAAGGUGAUACAGCAGAGGAUCCCCCGACCCGACGGACGGCCGCAAUACAUGGAUUUCUUCAACUGCUGUCUCCUAUGAUGUUACCUCUCACUCAUUGAGCUCUUCGGCGGUUGCUCAACCCCCCUCCAUCCAUCCCCCCUUCACUUCUCUCCCAAACUUCAGUCGGCGGAUCGUUUUAGAGAGAGACAGGAUGGGAUCGCAGACCGGGGCAGCUCUGCGGAGACAGGCGCUCCUGUGGUUCAUUGUAGUGUCUCAGUGUGUGUCAGCACUGGGGUGUGGACCCCACUAUGAAUUCGCCAUUGAGGAGUUCUGCCUGGCCAAAUUCAGACUGGACAUGCAAGAGCUGGACCAGAAACACUGGUGUAGCUGGGAGGAUACAGUCGAACUCUAUGGCGAGCUGACAAACUGCACGUUCCUGGUGGCAUGGAAGAUGGACUGCUUCUGGCCCAACAGGCUGGUGGAUGAAUUCUUCAUCCGAGUCCACCAGCACUACUUCCACGACUGCUCGCUGUCUGGACGGCUUCUGAAGGACCCACCCAAUCGCAUCCUGGGUCCCUUCAUUGUGGUUCCCAUCCUGGUCACUCUCCUCAUGACGGCCCUGGUGGUGUGGAGGAGCAAACGCAGCGAGGGGAUGGUGUAGUGAAAGGGAGCGGAUGGUCACAAAUUUCAGGUCAAGAGGUACUUUUUGUCCCUAUGGUUGCAUCAUAUCAUCAGCGACCAAAGGAUCUGUCUUUCUGAGAGUAGUGUUCAAGGAAAGGGGUACAUUUGGACUAGAAUCACUUUAAUAUGGACCUGGAAGAGGAGCUGUACAAGAUACACGUUAAAACCAGAUCCUACUUCAGUGAUGCCUGAAUGCACUGACACCAAUACGAAGGCUUUACAACUCCCAUCUGUUGUAACCCCAAUACUCUGACAUGGAUUUAAAAUCAUUUCUUUGAUUUACAGAGCGCUGAACUGCACACCUGAAUCUGAUGUUGAUCAGGAGAGUGACUGGUGGGAAAAUAUUGAUAAUACAAAAUAUAUAAAUUAUACACAGCUGCUUCAAAGAAUGUUGGCUGUGGUGAAAAUUCUUCAACUCAUACAGGAAUUUAACACAAUUUGUGGAGUCCAUGAAAAUAACGGACCUUCUACAGAAACACAGGAAUAAAACGAAGUGCUGAACUUUCCUAGGAGGCCUUCUUUACA